GAAUCGCGAUAGUUAUCCCAUACGAAUAAGUAUAUAUAGAUCGUUAGGAAGGAUUAUGAAACGGUUUAGUGUCCUGGCAGCAUUGCUGCUAACGAUUGGCUGCUGCUCAACGUUGGAUGCUCAAUCACAGAAUGCUGAUGAUCUGCUAACCGGCUACUCCUCGCUCAUGCAAAAGAGUUUGGCCCAUCAGUUCUUUGAGGUGGCUGCUCAGCAGGCUGAGGCAUAUAAUGCAUCGGGCACUCAAUUGGCACGCACCAAUUCCUAUACGAAUCGGGACUACAAUGAUGAGCAGUGUGAUCAAGAUUUGCUCCGCAUUCGAGAUGCCAUCAAUAACUAUGAGGAAUGGGCUCUGGAAUUUCCCGAUACAUGGGGUCGCAUGCCCAUGGGUUUCUUCUGGGGUCAUAUGAUCAGUAUGGGUCAAUAUGAGGAAUGUGUGGCAGCCACUACCACCUAUGGUGAUGAGAUCAAUGGCCAAUACUGCCUGGCCCGUCUGAAUAUUACGCUAUUCUAUGACAAAGUGAAGCAGCGUAAUGAGGAAUUUGUUCAAUCACGUAUUAGCUAUAAGCAAACGAGACCGGAAUUCUUUGAAUUGGGCUUAUGUGUGCCAAGCAGUUGUUCAGCCGAGAAAUCCGAUCAAUUGCUCAAGGAUGCGAUUGUUAGUUUCUAUGGCAACGAUGUGGUCGACCUGGAUGGCGAAUUGGUCACAGAGAAAUGGUGUAAAUACAAUGCACCAGUGGAAUUGCGAGGCGUUGAUAUAUUUGCCAUCAUUUUCUUUUCGUUUAUUGUCUUCUGCCUGAUUGCCAGCAGCAUUUAUGAUUAUGUCCAGACCCGUAAGGGCGCUCCCAAGAAGCCACUGUUGCUUGCCUUCUCUGUCCUGCAUAAUGCGCCAAAGAUUUUCACUGUGAAAAAAACGAACAAUCCGAAUGUUAUCCAUUGUCUUAAUGGUUUGCGUUGCUUCAGUAUGAUGUGGGUGGUAUUCGGUCAUGGGUAUAUGACCUUCUAUGAUCUGCCACAUAUUAAUAAGAAUCGAUUCUAUACAUGGGUCCAAACGCCCUAUUCGAUGUUGGUCCAAAAUGGUUCACUCUGUGUCGAUACAUUCUUCUUCAUGUCCGGCCUGUUGAUGUGCUGGGGAGCAUUCCGUGAAUUGGAGCGUACCAAGGGCAAAUUGAAUAUCCCAAUGAUGUAUUUCCAUCGUUAUAUUCGUCUCACUCCUGUGGUGGCUGUUGUUGUGCUGUACAUCAUGUCCCUGUAUAAGUAUUCGGGUGCUGGUCCCAUGUGGUUUAAAUUGGGCACACAGGACACUCGCUGCGCGGACACAUGGUGGGCAACUUUGCUCUAUGUCCAGAAUUAUGCCUUCCCCUAUAGCAUUUGUAUUUCACAAUCGUGGUAUUUGGCUGUGGACACGCAACUUUAUUUCCUGUCACCGCUCUUCCUUAUUCCAUUGUGGAAAUGGGGCAAGAAGGCUCUGAUACCAAUUAUUAUCUUUGCUUUGCUCUGCUUGGGCUGCACCGUGGCUACGUUUAUAACCAACGAUUUCACCUUGUUCCGUGUGCAGGAUGAUCAUGUCGAUUUGCGUCAACGUUUGACCUAUUAUCCCACACAUACCCGCAUACCCACUUGGUUGAUUGGUGUGAUCUUUGGCUACUUCCUCUUCACACGCAAUCGUGGACGUCAAAUCCCGCUAGCCAAGCCAUGGGUAAUCACUGGAUGGGUAGUUGCCUUUGGUACCAUGCUGGCUGAUUUGUGGGGACCAUAUUGGCGCAUUUUGCCCGAUACACCUGACUCACCUCUGGUUGAGGGUGCCAUCUUUGAGCCACUGAGUCGCACAUCGUGGGCUUUGUCAAUUGGAUGGAUUGUGUGGGCCUGUUACAAUGGACACGGUGGAUUGGUCAACGAUUUCUUGUCAUGGAGCUUCUUCACUGCUUUCAGUCGCCUGACUUACUGCAUGUAUGUGAUCCAUCGUAUUGUUCAAUUGGUUCAUGCUGCACGUCUUCAGACAGACACUCAUUUCUCCGACUAUGAUGCGAUCCUUCGUUGGUGGCAUGAUUUCGGUAUCACAUUGACUGCUUCCAUAUUCGCUACUCUUGCAUUUGAGGCUCCCAUUUUGGGUAUUGAGAAAGCCAUCUUUGGUCGUGGAGAGUCAAAACCAGCUGCCAAGAAACCUUCUCCUGGAGAUCUAGCCCGGACGGCCCCAACUGAAUCUACGCCUGUAGCUGCUGAGCAGACUGCAGCUGUAGUGCCGGAGCCUGUCACCGAGAUUUCAUCAUCUCCCAGCAAAGCUGAGGACCCAUCAAAGGCUUAGGCAAUUGUAACCCUUUCUCUUUGAUUGGACUCAAUCAAUUUUUUUUUUUUUUCCCCAAUUGGCAAUACUGAGUAUCUGAUGUUUUUGUCCUUAGUUAGUUUUAUUUAUUAAACAAAAAAAUAUAUAAAAAUAAACUUAUUUUAUAACAA